UGAUCAUUGGUCAUUGACUGGUUUUUUUGUAUUGUGUGGUUGAUGUUGGAGUGGUAACAGUGAUAGUGGUAUUUGAGUAUAAUUAGUUCAUAUUUACUGAAAUUCAACAAUGGCCCCAAACUUCAGUAAAUUAACUACAAGGACAGAUGUUAAAAUUGCAUUGGCUGCUUCGGCAGCUAUAAGUGCAUGGGUAAUAAGGAAUGCUUUGCAGGGAAGAAAAAACAAAAAGGACAAGAAACUUGCACGUCUAUCUCCAGAAGAACAAAUACAGUAUAUGAUAAAAGAAAAAAGGAAAAAAAGUCCAAAAGCUCAAGUGGAUGCCCGCUUUUUUGCUGAAUUAAAAGUACUAUGGGGUAUAAUGUUUCCUGGCUUAUGUAGCAAAGAGAGUGGUUUGAUGGUGCUCAUUGCAUUAUCACUGAUAUCUAGAUCAUUGUGUGAUCUUUGGCUCAUUCAACACUCGACACUAAUUGAGGGCUCGAUAAUCACAAUGGACUUGCCUGAAUUCAAGAAACUAUUAACACAGUUCUUUAUCGCUAUGCCUCUGAUAUCAAUAGUCAAUAAUGUAUUAAAAUGGAGUAUAGGAGAAACUAAAUUAAGAAUAAGAACCAAUUUAUCACUACAUUUAUAUCAACAGUAUCUUAAGGGUUUUACUUAUUACCAAGUGACUAAUCUUGACAACCGAAUAUCAAAUGCAGACCAAGUGCUAACCACAGACGUAGACAAAUUCUGUGAUACUGUCAUAGACUUAUAUAGUAAUAUAAGCAAACCUCUUUUGGACAUUAGUAUCUACUUAUACCGGUUGACCACCAACUUGGGGGCUUCUACACCUGGCAUAAUGAUGGCAUACUUGUUGGUGUCCGGAGUAUUCCUGACAUUCCUCAGGAAACCAACUGCUAAGAUGACAGUUCAAGAGCAGAAAUUGGAAGGGGAAUUCAGAUACGUAAACGCUAGGCUUAUAACGAAUUCAGAAGAGAUAGCAUUCUACCAGGGCAACCACAGGGAACAACUGACACUUCUAGCAAGCUUCUACAAGUUGACCAGGCACUUGAGGAAUUUCCUCAACUUUAGAGUGGCCAUGGGAUUCAUAGACAACAUAAUCGCCAAAUACGUGGCGAUCACCGUAGGAUUCUACGCGGUGUCGCGACCGUUCUUCGCUAAGAAGCACAACCUUCUCACCACCGGCACAGAAAACGAUAGGUUCAAGCAUUACUACACGUACGGUAGAAUGUUAUUGAAAAUGGCUGAAGGCAUAGGACGGUUGGUCCUCGCCGGUAGAGAGAUGAACAAACUGGCCGGGCUUACGGCGCGAGUCACGCAACUUCGUACUGUACUAGACGAAGUGUACCGCGGGGAGUAUCAACGCACUAUGGUGGAUAGGAAUUCUCAGGGAGGUGCCGACGUCCCAAUGCUUAUGGCCCCUGGCGCCGGGCGUAUAAUCUACCAGGACAAAAUCAUUCGCUUUGAGAAAGUACCGCUCGUCACUCCAAACGGCGACGUGCUGAUCAAAGAGCUCUCCUUCGAAGUCAAGUCGGGCAUGAACGUGCUAGUAUGUGGGCCUAAUGGUUGCGGCAAAUCGUCGCUAUUCCGUCAACUAGGAGAAUUAUGGCCUAUAUUCGGGGGCACUCUCACCAAACCACCUAAAGGGAAACUGUUCUACGUACCGCAGAGACCUUAUAUGACCCUCGGCACCCUCAGGGAUCAGGUGAUAUACCCUCAAACUCGCGAAGAGAUGAUACGUCGCGGUCGAAGCGACGAGCAGUUGACUCGAUGCCUGGAACUGGUGCAGCUGGGGUACCUAGUGGCGCGCGACAACGGAUGGGACGCGGUCGAGGACUGGAUGGACGUACUAUCGGGCGGGGAGAAGCAACGGAUCGCGAUGGCGCGACUGUUCUACCACGCGCCGCAGUUCGCGAUCCUCGACGAGUGCACAAGCGCUGUGUCCGUAGACGUCGAGGGACAGAUGUAUCAAUACUGCAGGGAGGUCGGCAUUUCACUAUUCACCGUGUCGCAUCGCAAGUCGUUGUGGAAACACCACGAUCAUUACUUGCAGAUGGACGGCCGCGGUGCUUACACCUUCGGGCCCAUCGACAGCGAGACGCAGGAGUUCGGAUCGUGAUUGAGUCGAAGUCGGAUCGCAGUCGCAUCGUAGUAAAAUCGUGUACGUUAAACAAACAUAGAGGUAUAAGAAUUCUUAUAGAAUCAUCAUCAUCAGCCUAUUAUUGUCCCCACUGCUGGGCACAGGCCUUCCCUUUGGAUGGAAUAGGGAGAUUGGGCCAUGACCCACCACGCGGGCCCAGUGCGGAUUGGCGGGUGCUAACGACUGCAGAUACAGCCGGGACCAUCGGCUUAACGUGCCUUCCAAAGCACGGAGGAGCUCGAGAUAAUAAAUUUUUGGUCACCCAUCCAAUGACCGACCACUGCGAAAGUUGCUUAACUUCAACUAUCGCAGCCGAACGCGC